GAAAUUUGUAACAAACAAAGAGUUCUGCGAAAACAAGGAUUGAGGGACAAUGGCAGGUUCAUCAGUAGAGGGACAAGUCAUCGGCUGCCACUCCGUUGAGACAUGGGAACGUUGCCUCCGAGAGGGCAAUGAAUCCAAGAAACUCAUUGUAGUGGAUUUCACUGCUUCUUGGUGUGGACCAUGCCGUUUCAUUGCACCAUUCCUGGCCGAGCUGGCUAAGAAGUAUACAAAUGUCAUAUUUCUAAAGGUUGAUGUGGACGAGUUGAAGACUGUUGCUCAAGAUUGGGCUGUGGAGGCUAUGCCCACUUUUGUGUUUCUGAAAGAGGGAACGAUUGUGGGCAAAGUGGUGGGAGCAAAGAAGGAAGAGCUGCAGCAGACACUGGAGAAACAUGUGGCUACAGCUAGUGCUUAACCCUGCUGCUCUUAGUUGUUACUUUCACUUUCAGAGACAUACUAUGUUCUUUCAUCUCUAUUUUUAUAAUCUAGUACUAUAGACAAUAUUUGGGUCUUCCUGUUAUUGCACCAAACAGCUUUAUCAACGUGAAGACUCCUAUUUUCU